GAGAAGGACGACGAAGCAACGAGGCGCAGGAAGGUGCGCUUCUUCCAGUUGAAUAAGGACGACCUUGGCGCUGAGUUGCUUGAGCAGCUCGAGGCGAUCAGAAAGGGCCCCAACAAACGGGCAAAAGAGCAGCAGUUCAUCGCGGAGGCGGUGACCGUCUCUGACGACGGGACCUUGAGCUUGACCACCGACAAGGCGUACUUCCACGAGCUCCACCAGAAGUACGAGGAGAGGAAGGGCACCAAGGGCAAGGUCAGCUUGCCAACGCUGCAGUUUCGCGCGCGGCACUACAACAACUGCACCAAGACGUUCGACGAGGCCGAGCAGAAGGGCGAGUUCUACCGAACGAUGGGGAACGGA